AUGAACUCAUCAUCGGCCAACGCGAGGACCAUGCACGAACUCGCUCCAGAGUCUCAAAAUCCUUUGGAAUCAACCGAAGGCGGCCCAUCCGAUUUGGAUGAAAAGUCCUCAUGCACUAUGUGCCAAGGCGCGCAACUAUUGGCGUCGGUGAUCAAUUCAAUGGCCAGGGACAUGGAAAGAGAAUGCAUCGAGCUCGUCAUGAAGCAAUGGGCCCAUGACAAAGAAAUGAGAGAAGAGUGUGCGGCCAUGAUGGAGGAUUUGAAAAACUCACAGGAAAAAUAUGACAGUACGCUGAAGGAGCACAUAGCUCUCCGGGAGCAAUAUUCGCGAUACUGUCUUGGCCUCCAGCCAAUGGAGAUGUCGUGUCCUUGUGGAAUUGCUGGCUGCAGCGCUGGGUGUCACAUGCUGCGGCACCAACUUCUACGAUGUCAUGACAACAUCCAAGGACGGACGAUUGUAACUGGAAGGAGAGGCAGUCAUCUGUUUCCUCGGCUGCUCCUUCAUCCCCUUCAUUCACUUGUGCCUAUAUGA